AUGGCGCCCCAGAAAAUCGAACAAGCGGAAAUAGAAAAGUACUGGGAAAUCUUCGCCUCAUUGUCGCAGGGCGGAACACAUCUUACGGGGUCACAGGCCGCGCCGGUACUCAAGAAUUCACAUCUGAGAGAUGAUCAGCUGGAAAGGAUUUGGGAUCUUGCGGAUGUGGAUGGAGAUGGGAAUUUGGAUUUCGAGGAGUUCUGUGUUGCUAUGAGACUGAUUUUUGAUCUGGUUAAUGGGGAAUACGCGGAUGUACCACCACAAUUACCAGACUGGCUAGUGCCAGAAUCGAAAGCGCACUUAGUCCAGGCGAAUCGAGCGCUUACGGGACGACAAGUACAAUUCGAGAAAGUGGAAGAUGAUGAUGAUUCGCCUGGUUUGAAGGAUGGUUUUGAUUGGUAUAUGAGUCCGUCUGAUAAAACAAAAUAUGAGGAGAUUUAUUCUGCGAAUCGAGACGGUAGGGGAGAUAUUACUUUCGAAUCAUUAGACACACUCUACUCCUCCCUCGACGUCCCAGACACCGAUAUCCGAAGCGCGUGGAAUCUAAUAAACCCCAAACAAGCCCACGCAAUCUCCAAAGACGCCUGUCUAGCCUUCCUCCACAUCCUUAACAACCGCCACGAAGGCUACCGAAUCCCCCGCACCGUCCCCCCCUCCCUCCGCUCCUCCUUCGAACGCAACCAAAUCGACUACCAAGUCGACAACCAACGCACCUCCUCCCCAGCCCAGAAAUGGGGCGCAAAAGGCAACGAAGACACAUCUACAGGCCGCAAAGCCAAAUUCGGUGAAACAUAUCUAAGUCGUAUGGGUGUUGGGUCGUCGUAUCGACCUACGGGCACGGAUUUUUCGUCCACGAAAACAACGGAGGAUUGGGAGGAGGUGAGGCUCAAGAAACAACUUGCGGAGCUGGAGGCGAAGGUUGAGAAGGUGGAGCGUGCGGCGGAGAAGAGGUCGGGUGGACGGAGGGAUACGAAACCGGCGUUGGUGAAGAGGGAGUUGGAGCAGUUGCUGGAUUAUAAGAGGAAGGAGUUGAGGGAGUUGGAGAGCGGUGAGGGGAAAUCCGUGGUGGGGAAGGGGCUGAAGGGGUUGGAGAAAGAGAUUGAGGAGGUGAGGGAGCAGGUUGAUGGGUUGGAAAAUCAUGCCAGGGAGAGGGAACGGGUGCUUGAGGGGUUGAGGGGGGAGAUUGAUGAGGUGAAGGUUGGGCGGUAG